AGAAACCGAGACCAUGGAUGCCCGAUGGCUUGGCUACCCUGCCUCCGGAGACUUGCCAGACGAUGAAGACAUUGGCGAAUUCAGGCCUCACUUUACUUCUGAUGGGUUGGACAUAGAUGAGGCAUCUGGGUCUGGAGACUACUCAGACUCUGAAGAUGCCAUAUAUCUGACCACCAUGGAUACUCCUGUGAUAUCUGACAACUAUAUCCCUGGAGAUACUGAGAGAAAGAUAGAAGAUGAGAAGAAAAACACAGUGGUGGACAAUGAAAUAAUUCCAGACCAAGCUGUACCUGUUGAAGAGAACCUGUCCAACAAGAUCUCCAUGGCAAGCACAGCCAACAGCAGCAUCUUUGAAAGAACAGAAGUCCUUACAGCUCUCAUUGCAGGAGGGGCGGUGGGCCUCCUGUUCGCUGUCUUCCUGAUCCUCCUCUUAGUCUAUCGCAUGAAGAAAAAGGACGAAGGCAGUUACGACCUUGGGAAGAAACCGAUCUACAAGAAAGCCCCUACAAAUGAGUUCUAUGCUUAAAGCUGAGCAGCACCUUGAGCCCAUCAAGGGACAAACAGACUGUAUGGCAACACCGUGCCCUCAGACGAGAUGUGCUGAACAAAUGCUCUUUUUGGAUUGAAUUUCAAAGCGACUUUGAGAAAAAACAAACUUCCUACGUGACCCUUCCCAUCCCGCUCAGCUAACAAGGGCCCAAUGAAAUACAAAGAGUCUGAAAAAAAAACCCUCAGUGUAUUUUUUUUUUUUUUCUAAAGCUAGUGUAAAAAGAAUAAAGAUGCCAAAUUUUCUGCUUGGUUUUAUAGAGGGUAUAUAAACACAAAGCAGACUGUAUGGAAGCAAACACCAUGUGUUUGCAUCCAGUGUGCCGUGCUCAGAUUGGCUGCUUCUAUAGAAGAUGGCUUUUUUGUAAACCUUGCUAAUAGAUGUCUUGCAGCAGGCUGUUGAUGUGAAGCAUUUUUGUGCAGAACUAUUUAUGAAUCUCUUACACUACAGAUAAUGUUGCCUUAUCAGGGAGUAAAAGGCCCAUAGGGGCUCAAAAUCCCUGAAUGCCACAAGGAGCCUAUGGGAAUGUCUUCCCCGGGAGACUUCUGUCUCUUCCUGUCGGCCCCAGGCAAGGGUCAUGAGUCCACGAAAUCAGGCCAGCCAGUUUUCGUUGGCUAUGAUGACACCCUUUCCUUGCCUUCAGUCUCUUACCUUUUUUUAAGGAUUGCCUGUAGGAUU